AGAGGCCGAGGGGCGGCUCCGGCCCGGCCCGGGCUGCCCUGCCAGGUCCAGGGCGAGGAGCGCGGAGCCGGCGGCCCAGGGCGCUCAGGGCAGGUGGCACAGUGGCGGUUCCCGGCGCUGGCUGGCAGUCUGCUCCCCGCCCACUGGCAGGAGGGCGCCGGCAGGGCUGCACGCGCGCGCGCAGGGGGCCAUAAAAGCGGCGGCCGCGCGGAGACGCGGAGCUCGCCCACCGCCCGCCCGCGGCCAGCAUGCACGUCAACGGCAAAGUGGCGCUGGUGACCGGCGCGGCGCAGGGCAUCGGCAGAGCCUUCGCGGAGGCGCUGCUGCACAAGGGCGCCAAGGUAGCGCUGGUGGAUUGGAAUCUGGAAGCAGGUGUAAAGUGUAAAGCUGCCCUGGAUGAACAGUUUGAGCCUCAGAAGACACUGUUCAUCCAGUGCGAUGUGGCUGACCAGGAACAACUGAGAGAUACUUUCAGAAAAGUUGUAGACCACUUUGGAAGAUUGGACAUUUUGGUCAAUAAUGCUGGAGUGAAUAAUGAGAAAAACUGGGAAAAAACUCUGCAAAUUAAUUUGGUUUCUGUUAUCAGUGGAACCUAUCUUGGUUUGGAUUACAUGAGCAAGCAAAAUGGAGGUGAAGGCGGCAUCAUUAUCAAUAUGUCAUCGUUAGCAGGACUCAUGCCUGUUGCACAGCAGCCUGUUUAUUGUGCAUCAAAGCAUGGCAUAAUUGGAUUCACACGCUCGGCAGCGAUGGCUGCUAAUCUUAUGAACAGUGGUGUGAGAAUGAAUGCCAUUUGUCCAGGCUUUGUUAACACGCCCAUCCUUGAAUCCAUCGAAAAAGAAGAAAACAUGGGACAAUAUAUAGAAUAUAUGGGUCCUAUCAAGGCUAUGAUGAAAUACUAUGGAAUUUUGGACCCAUCAAUGAUUGCCAGUGGAUUAAUAACACUCAUUGAAGAUGAUGCUUUAAAUGGCGCUGUUAUGAAGAUCACAACUUCUAAGGGAAUUCAUUUUCAAGACUAUGAUACAACUACACAUCUUACAAACACUCAGUGAUCAGCCUAUAUAUCAUCCAUAACUGAAAAUAAGCACAAAUGACACAGACCAUAUCAUUUGAACAUAGCCUUUUAAAUGAAAUAUUAGAGUUUGAAGCUUUCCUUAAUGCAUUUGAUAUUGAUUUUCUAAAUUUUUUGUUAAAUAUAUGGAUAAACAUUAUGAACUAUCAAAAAUAUUGUGUGGGCCAAAGCUAGGUUGUGAUCUCUACAGUUUAAAAAAUGAUCAAAACAAAGGAUAUUCAAAGAAUAUUCUGCCUUUCAGAAAAUGUAUUUAAAUCUGUGGUUCGUAAAUGUUAAUGUUUUCCAGAACAUCAUUUCAAAGGAGAUACUUGAAUUGUUAUUUAAAUCAACCAGAUAUAAAAAACUCACUUUAUAUUUUCGCACUUUAAAAGAGGGAAGGCUACUUAACAAUGUCAGACGUUUAGUGAUAAUAACUGUUACUUUUAUACCAUCAUUCAGCUCUUUAAGUGACACAUUUAGAGGCCAGUAGAUAAUAAAUUACGGUGUGAAUAUAACCCAAAUGAAAAUCUGAUGUAUGGAAAAAUGACAGAAAGUACUUGGUUGAGACUGCUGGUGCACAGUUCAGCCUCCCAUCUGGGAAAAACAUUUCUUUCCUCCUUGCUUUCUUCAAGAACUUUAAUUGACUUCAAAAACCUCAGGAAUUAAACUUUUAAUAGUUAUAGCAAUAAAUGAAUAGUUAGUGCUUCAAAAUUUUAUAUUUAAGAUACACUCAUGUAGAAGAAACAUGCAAAUUUACUUUUCUUCCAGAUUACUACUUUGUUAAUUUGUAUCAAUUUCAAAAGUACCCACCCUUCAAUAAAACUCUUUUACUCUAAUUUCCCCAUAAGUUACUUAGUCCUCUAUGUAUAGCUAUUGAGGAGAUGAAACCAAUUUUGCCACAGCUGAAACUGUAAAUGUUUUUGUAAAUAUGCUGAAAUUCAUAAUAAAACAGGUAAAAAUAGCUGUAAUGUUUUGCCCUUUUUGCUGUUAGGUAGUCUAAGAUAGGCUCGUUAAGAGCACCUGCUUUAGGUAACACGCUGCAAGUAAUAAUUAAUGCUAAUAACAAUGAAAGCAUAAGAUUUCCAAAUCAAUCAUUUCCUCAAGGAAAUACUAUAUUGACUCACUCUGUUAAAUCCAGACCUCCCAGCUUGGAGCAAAAUCCUUCUAUGUGAGGUUGAUAAGGAUUUCCUAGAGAUACUGGAGUGUUCUUAACCUCACUCUUUUAAUUCUGCCAUAAAUAACUAUUGCCUUUACGUCUAAGGAGUAAUUUGAAUAUGAAUAACGUAGUCUAGAGUUUCACACAAUGUAUUUGACAAACACUAAGAAAUGAAUUUCAAUGAACAUCUGAUAGAGAUAAAUUGUAAUUAGUCACAAACUUGGCAGUGACCAAUCAUUGAAUAGUAUAGAUAUGUUCAGUCUCGCUUUUCUUAUAUAUUUUCCCACUGUAAUGUAAAGCUAUAACUUAAAUUUUUCAUUUACGGAUAAUUUUUUGGACUGCAGCCUUCAAUAUACUCUGUGCUUUGAACUAAUUUUUUUAAAUCAAUAAAUUAUGUAGACAUUUGAAAUCAAAUACUGAGUAGCACUGAAAAAAAAAUGUUAAAAACUUAUUUUACUUUAAAAUGUUUCUUCUAUAAAUAGUUUUAAAUAAAUCUAUAAUGUUAUAUGAUAUUUCUGUAUACUGCUUGAGAAAAAAUUGAGGAGGACACCUUAAUUUUCCUUAAUUGUAUUUUUUAGUGAAAAUCCUAAUGUAAAGAAUAUGUACAUUUUUCAAAUGCAUUUUUCUUAAUAAACAGAGUUGAGACUCUCAGAACAGCAAAACUAGAAAUAUGUGAACAUUCAAAAAAAGAUGAAGAGACUUGAUAAUGACAUUUAAAUGUCCAACGAACUUAAUUUUCUCAUAUAAAAAUAAUUUUAGAUAAUUGGGUAUCAUUUGCAAGUGAGCAUGUAAUGAUUUCUGUUUAUUUUUCAUGUGUACAAAUUUAGAAUACUGAAGUCUGAAAAUGUAAAUUUUUAAUAAAAUUCAAGUUAUUUCACAUACUGAA